AAGUUGGAAAAUAUCCAACAAUAAACAAAAUCCAUCCAAUCAUCUUCUCUUGGUGUGCAUCCAUUUUCAUAAACCCCACCCCCAUCAUCAUAUCAUAUAUACCACCAAAUUAUCAUCUACCUCUCUACUUAUUCCCAUUCCUCUCUUCCCUCUCUAUAUCUCUCUCUCUAGUUUCGUUGGAUUUGGAAUUGUGGUGUCGGCCGUUAAUAGUGUGAGAGAAUUUAGUUAAGGAGGUUGUGAUUAGUGCUAAUUGUCUCUUCAGAAAUGGGCAGAAAGUGCUCGCAUUGUGGAAACAUAGGCCAUAAUUCAAGGACGUGUACAAAUUUCAGAGGCAGUUCCGCUGCUGGUUUUGUUGGUACUACUCCUCCUCAUGGAUUCAGGCUCUUCGGUGUUCAAGUUCAUCAUCAUGAUCAGGUGUCUUCUUCUGUAUCUUCGUUUAAUGCCAUGAACAUGAUGAUGAAGAAAAGCUUUAGCAUGGAUUGCUUGCCCACAUCUUCAGCUUCAUCCUCAUCCCCAUCUUCUUCAAGGAUUUCCAUUGAUAAUGAACAUUCCGAUCAUCACAAAGCUCCCAUCGGUUAUCUCUCUGAUGGCCUCAUAUGUCGUGCUCAAGACAGGAAAAAGGGAGUUCCAUGGACAGAAGAGGAGCACAGAACAUUUCUGAUGGGGCUUGAGAAGUUAGGGAAGGGGGACUGGAGAGGAAUCUCUAGGAACUAUGUGACCACCAGAACACCAACUCAAGUUGCGAGUCAUGCUCAGAAGUAUUUUCUCAGGCAAGCAACUCUCACCAAGAAGAAGCGUCGUUCAAGCCUCUUCGAUAUGUUUGGGGGCAAUAACAGUGAUCCACAAUCCAAGCCAAGUAGUACUAUCGAUCCUGCGCAAUGUGUUAACAGUAAUAUUCCAUCAAGCCCUCAACGUCAAAGUAAUAUUAUUCAGCUUCAACUUAGUACUACCAAUACAUCUGCAUCACAAAAUCUAAAACUAUCAGAUCAUCAUCAGCAAAAACCAGCUGACUACAGCAGUUCUACUCCUCCCUUAGGCAGUUCACAUGAUCGUGAUCGUGUUCGUGAUCGCACUAUGCCUGGAUGGAUUUACGGGUUGAUUGAUUCCCAGCUGAAAUAUUCAAAUGCAGUAUUUUCAUCAUCAGAACCCAGUAAUAUACCACUACCACCGUCAUCAUCAGUAGUACCAGAUCAUCUAGAGCUGACGCUCGCUUCGCCGGUUAGGCCUUUGGAUUUAGAUCAAAAUAGAUUGUCGUCGUCAUCAUCCCCAACAUCUGGUCCUCUCCACAAUACCGGACCUAUUAGUGUUACUUGAUCCCAUAAUUAUUGUAACCAUGAAGAAGAUCGAUCAUUUUUGACGUAAGAAUCCUAGCUAGCUAUAGCUGAAGAGGAUCAAGAGGAACAUGUUCAUGGGGAUCUUUUACUUAUAAUAUGAAGCUAGUAUGUUCUUAGUUUCUUUUUUCUAUCUUAUUUCUCUUCAAUAAACGGAUCAUGUAUCCAUGACGUACAUCAUCAUGCAUGGUAGUAGUAAUUGCUAGCUCUCUAUGUUAAUUUAUGGUUCUUG